CUCUCUCUUCUCCUUCUCGACACUCUCUCGCCAUCGCUCUCGUAUUCCUCUAAUUCUUCGCCUUGAGAGAGAGAUUCCUUCUUUUUUCUCUCUCUUUUUUUGAGAGGAGACCUCCCGGUAAUCGCGACGUUCUUCCGAAGAUUCGCUACGGGAUCACUCUCGCGGCGAUUUUCGCGGAUCUUGCGGUCCUGAGAAGAGGACGAAGAAAAGGACGAAGAAGAAGAAGAAGAAGUAGUCUUCGCUGCUUUGGUGUCUUUGCACUUGGUGUCUUUUGCCGGUAUUGGUCAUUUCCUCUUGGAAACUGCUAGGAAGGAGAUCUGGGGGACAUGACGACGACGGGGAGAUUCGAGGCGGUCUCGCUGCUGCUUCUCGCAAUCACGGCGUUUGGCGCGUGCGAUGGCGAGUUACCUAGGCCGAGCUACACCCGGACGAUGCUGAAGGUCUCCCGAAGUCUGCCGGGCGAGACGGAGGAGCUGAAAGUUCGCACGAGCGAGGGCACCCUCGCCACCUUGAUCGUGAAGCGGCGAGAUAAGUCGUCAGUCAGCUUCGAUGAUUCCAAACCGACGCCGCAACUCCCUCAGGAAGAAUCCAACGGCACUGCGGAGACCAAUAGCAACUCCACGAGGCCCGAUGACGACAAAAGCGACGCCGAGAAGAAGAACGAAGCCAGGAGGCUCGAGGAGGCGCAGGUGGAGCAGAUCAAAGCGACGUUCUCCAAGUCCUCGGGAGCGAAGGAUGUAAAACUCGACAGAAAUCAACCUGAUCGACCUGUCAGCCUGAUCGACUACGGAAAUUGGACGCCUCUGGACGCGGACGGCAGAGUUUUGAAGCAGGAACAGCCGAAGGAGGGACAGGAUAAGGAGGUGGAGGAGUAUCGAAAUUGGAAGCCGUUGCAGACGAGCCCGGAGACCGCGGGCGAAGAGAGCCUUAACUACGACAGGUUCAACGAGGCCGGAUUCACUGGCGGAAUCCUGUUCGCCAGGCACUUCCAGGAUCGGAGCCAGAGGAACCUUGAGCUUGAGGAUCGUGACGACAAGAACGAGCGGGCACUUUAUUACACAUACGUGCCACGGCAGUCCCGGCCACUGACGAGAACGAACAUCGGUGCGAACCUGUCGAAGAACCGCGAUGGCAAGGCCGUGCCGCCGGAGGUGGUCAUCAGGUCGGAGAUCAACGUGAAGACGGUACCGAAGAGAUCCACCUUAUCGUUGGACAGCGACGGCACGCCGGUUAUUCAUGGCACGAGGGUGCCCGACGAGCCCAUAGACAAGAUACAGACCUGGAGGAACGCCCGGGUUAUCAACAACAAACUGGUAGCCGAGGGCAGCCCGACGCCCGCCACCGAAGCCACCGUCGGGAUCCCGUAUUCCAAUGACAACCUGGAGAAGAAGCUGCGCUUCGAGAAAUUCUUCAAGGACGUCAAUCGAAGGUACGGCCGCAACUACGACGAAGAGGGCCGCAACGUAUACUUCGAGUGGGACCCGAGAAACUACAAGAACGAGGCGCUGAAGGCCGAGGUGUACGAAACGCGCAACGACCAAUAUCGCGCGAGCGUUCACAAGCGGAUGUUGCACCCGGACAGCGUCGCCAACUACCCCAUCUCCCAGCGCUACACCCCGCCUAGCCAGACGAUCGCGCCCAUGACCUUGAAGCCGGGCGCACGAGCGCCAGUCCUUCAGUAUGCCCACCCCGAGCUGGGCGUGCAGCCGGCCAAGAUCGUGAAGAACGAGAAACGCCGGCCGGAUAACUUCCCGGAGAACCAGCACUCCUUCACCGAGCAGCGCCACAAGAAGAAGUACGUGCUGAACGACAAGAACAUCGUGGACAGCUACACCACGAAGAACUACUACCCGAACCAGCACUUCUACGGUCUCAAGCGGCCGAACGAGCCGCCCUUCUGGGUGAAGAUCUCCGAGAAUCUAAAGAACCAGUUCUCCACCGGCGUCGAGCGGGUCUCGCAGUUCACCAGGCCGGUGAUCGACCCGCUGGUGGAGGCCACCCACAAGAUCUCGCAGAAUCUCGGCCUGUCCAAGGGCAAAGAGGCACAGGACAAGAUCGGCACGGUCGCCUCGGGCACCAGCAUCCUCAUACCGGCUCUUGGUCUGGUCGCUUCCGGCGCCGCGCUUGGCAUAGGCGCGGUGGCGGUCGGCCGAUACCUUGACGUGGACGUGCUGAAGCGCUCCAACGCGGACGAGUUCGAUCUCGAGCACAAACGAGCCUUGGAAGCGGCCGGGGACAACCUGAGGCUCGUCGCCGCAGACGGAAACGCAAAGUUGAACGAAGCCGCGCCCGGGACGCUCUACGUGCUGCGGAAUGUCCCACCUCACGACGACAAGACAGACGAAGGCGCGAGUUCGGCGGAGAGCGAUGGAGUCUUUUUGGUCCUCGAGGAGGACAGGCAGAACUCCGAGCGGGUGGAGAACCGAGAGAGCAAGCAGCUGGUGGACGAGAAGGACUACGUGGAGACCGGCGGGCGCAGGAGGAGGAGCCUCGACUACCUGAAAAUCUUCAAGAAGGAGGCCGAUAUGAGGAACCUUGUACGUAGCAAGCGUUUCCAGCGGAAAGGCGCCGACCCCAUCAGCGAGAUCGUGGAGAUUGACAUGCCAGCCGAGGGACGCAUCGAUAUCACCGAGUUCUUGUUCCCGAAGACGAAGAACGAACGGAUUGCGAAUAAGAACACGAUCCUGGUCUUCGAAGGCGGUUCGACGAAGACCCCAUCGGAGAACUUUGGCUUGAACCCGUCGGAUCGGCAGGACAAGUCGGGCAACAGCGCGACGGUCGCUGGGAACGUCGUCAGCGACUCGCGAGACGCGACCUUGAUGAUCUCGUUGACGGAAGACGACGGAAGUCGACGAGCCGCAGGCCAAGAGACCAGCGACGCUCUUCCCACGCUGGGAGACGCAUCGCGCAUUCUCGACCGUGAUCUCGCGGAGGCGAAUAGCGGAGAGGUCGCGGAGGGGUCGAGCGGGACGACCGACGCGGGCAGCAGGCGGCGAAAGCGAAGCAUUGAGAGCGAUCAGGAGCUGGAGGACGCGCUGCAGAAUCUGGAGAACGCGGAGGUAGCCGAGGUCGCUCACGUGCAAGGCGACUGGACGAAUACACCUUGCGCCAAGAGGAUAUUCUGCGACACGAUGAUCCAGCGGGGCCCCGACGCCGUGGUGCUCAUGGAGAAGAAGAUGGCGGCGCUACUGAGACUGAUCCAGCCGGGGGCAGCCGUUCACGUGUCCAGCCACUUCGAGGAGGUCAUGCACGCCAUCAGGAGACACGACUGUUCCAGCUUCCUGUGUCCGCAGGCGAGACCGGGGAACAUCUUCUUCUAGAUGCCGUCGCGCUAUUCAAUUUAAACUGAACGAGGGAGGAAGGCGAUCGGAGGUUUAGGCGGGCCAAUGAGAGUGUGAGAUGCAGCUACAAGUACGUGAUGCGAAUUGAUAAACAAUAUAACGCUUCGUCACACAAGGCAAUAAAGAUUUCGAAACUAAUUCGAAUCCUCAGGGUCGAACGGAUAUUUUAAGAUAAUAUCGACUCGUCUUUCGCGCGGCUUUCAGCAGAAACGUGAACGUUCCAAUUAACGACCGAGCGACUCUAUCAGGGAAAUGAAUUAAUAAAUUCACAAUGUUAAGUACACAAAAUUGAUUUCGUCGGAGAUUUUGAACAUUUAGCGUUCUAAUUUAUCUGAAUUUAUUCAUAAUAUUUUCCCAGAAAUAACUGGAGGAUCAUAUUUUUAGCGAUGUAGCAGUUGAUAUUGUUUUUCGCAGCUUAGUUUUGAAGAAACUAAAAUAAUUAAUGGACAUUAAUUAUCAAUUUUCAAGAUAUCUGGGUUUUUUUACCAUGGCUUUGGACUUUAUUCGAAACUUGUUAUAUUUUGUGACAAUAUAUAAAAUGUAGAGCGCAAAAACACAUGUUUUUGGGUAAAUAUGAACUCAUAUUGACUGAUUUAUCAAAGAAAACAUAAAUAAUUGUCAUAAAUUGAGACGUUCUUAUCGUUUUAAAUGUUUUAAAUGUCUUAUCGUUUUGAAUGAUACCGAAGGAGAUCCGAAUUAGAAUCGAAGUGACCGUUGCCUCUUCGCGAAUGACGAGCUCCGCUCUUCACUAAUUACACUACGCGCUCGCAGCCGCGUCUCAGCCCUUCGGUCGGCUCGCGUAAGCUUUCGAUUUCUACAACUUAGCUAUUCAGGCAUAAGUGUUUCAUAGAUGUUGAGACGAUCGAGUCAAGACGAAAGACUUCCGCUCGAAAUCCGAGCGAGCGCAUUUCGAUUUCGCGCCACGAUUUCGCGACCACAGCACGUCCUCGUCGAGUCGGCGUCUGGCCGAUACUGUACAUACUUGCCAUCGAGGCGACCUUAUUUAAUAUGCACUCGUGUUACUUAGACGAUUAAGCGUAGAGUUUAGGGGAGAAAGUGAGAAUUUCGGCGGGAGGCCAGUCGGUACGCUCGCAAGUCUCGAGUUCGCCGUUUCGCACGAUCGUCGGUGAACGCUUCCGCCGAAUGCUUCACUUUGUGCUAUUCUUGAACAACGUCGAGUUCCGACGUUUCCCCAUCAGGUGUAUCUUGCGCCUGUAUGAGUUACACUCGGCCCCAGGACGGUUUGCACAUGGUUUCCCCAGACGAGAUCGCACUGCGGAUUGUCGCAAUUGAGAGAUGCUGUUGACGCGUUCGCGCGCUGGAUCGGUUGCGAGAGCAGCCGGGGCGGCGUUUUACACGGUGUAAAUAUUAAAAUACCGCGUAAACUUAUUGUACCUUUGCGUGGUAUCGAUGAAAGCACAAUAAAAAUGCUCAUGUCCUUUAGCCGAAUCCUCGCAGUUGCAGUCGCGGCGUCUCUCAAUCGCGGUGGUCCGACGAGCAUCUCACACUAGAUUGCGUCGAGACCGUUUUGCAGCCAAGUGUACAUGCAAUUCGACUUGACGCUGGAAAUUAGGAGCGAUUGAAGUAUUAUUACGCGAAGCUUAUUAAUCCACAGGCGAAGCCGCCCCAGCGCGCUGGCUAGAGGAGGUAUAUUUAUUUGUGUCCUUUUGUACGCACGUACGGCAUCGUGUCUGUAAGUAAUAAAUCAUAUUUUUGUGAGAGAGA